AUUCACAAACAUUAAAAAUAAAAAUAAUAAAUAAUAAGUAAUAAAUAAAUAAAUCCCUCAAAUGGAAUUUGAGUUAUCCUCUUUUCUCCUCCUCCUCCUCUCUUUGCUAGCAUCCAUUUUCGCUAUCCGAAAGCUCGCGAAAACCCGUAAAAACCCUAAACCUAAAUUCCCCCCGGGCCCACGUAAGUUACCGUUGAUCGGCCACUUACACCACCUCACCGGUCCGGACCCACCGCACUACAAACUAGCCGAUCUAUCCAAGCGAUACGGACCGUUGAUGUACCUCCGCCUCGGCGAAAUCGACAACAUAGUCGUUUCGUCGCCGGAGAUCGCUAGAGCGUUUUUGAAAACGCACGACGUCACCUUCGCCUCGAGACCCUCACUCCUCUCGACGGAGAUCGGCUGCUACAACAACACCGACAUCGCAUUCGCGCCGUACGGCGACUACUGGAGGCAGCUCCGGAAAAUCUGCACGCUCGAGUUGCUAAGCGCCAAGCGCGUGCAGUCGUUCCGGCCGAUACGAGUGGAGGUGAGUUCGAAACUAUGCAAAUGGAUAGCCGCCAGUCAGGACGAAGGGUCGACGGUCAACCUCUCGGAACGUGUCAGCAUGUCGAACUACGACGUCAUGGUGAGGGCGGCGAUCGGGAAGAAGAGCGACGAGGCGUCGGCGUUCACUAGGGUGGUGAAGGAAGGUAUAAGGCUGGUCAACGUGUUCCACAUUGCGGAUUUGUAUCCGUCGAUCAAAAUCAUGCAGAUGAUCGGAGGGCUGAGGACGAAGAUUGAGAACCACCACCGCCAGCUGGAUAGGAUAAUUGGUAAUGUUAUCGACGAACGGAAGAGAGAGAAUGCUAGAGUAGCGACUGUCGGUGAUGGUGACGGUGACGGAGAAAAACGUGAAGAUUUGCUCGACGUACUUUUGAAAUUCCAGAGCUCCGGUUCGCUUGACAUUCCGUUGACCGAUGACAACAUUAAAGCCGUUCUACAGGAUAUGUUCGGUGCCGGAGUGGACACAUCACCAACGGUUAUCGAUUGGGCAAUGUCGGAAAUGCUCAGAAACCCUAGAGUCCUAAAAAAGGCCCAAGAAGAGGUGAGACGUGUUUUCGACUCCAAAGGAGGCAUCGUAGACGAGCGUUACUUCGACGAGCUCAAAUACUUCAAACUAGUCAUCAAAGAGACACUCCGGGCCCACCCAGUGGUCCCACUACUGCUUCCACGUGAAAGCAGAGAGCCGUGCCUUAUCAACGGGUACGAAAUACCCGUUAAAACACGGGUUGUGGUCAACGCGUGGGCCAUAGGGAGAGACCCGGAGUACUGGGAGGAGCCCGAGAGCUUCAAACCGGAGAGGUUUAUCGAAACACCGAUUGAGUUCACGGGGAAUAACUUUGAGUAUAUACCUUUUGGCUCCGGAAGAAGAGCUUGCCCCGGAAUGAUGAUAGGUCUGGCAAAUGUCGAGCUCCCGUUGGCUAUGUUUUUGUACCAUUUCGAUUGGAUGCUGCCCGACGGAAUGAAACCCGAAGAUUUGGAUAUGACUGAGUUGGCUGGAGCUUCAGCGAGAAGGAAGUUCGAUCUUUGUGUGGUUCCUACUCUUCGAAGGCCUUUGCCACAUCAAGGAAUCGGAAUCAAUUCAUUCUAGUCCGAGUACUACAAAAAAUGAAUAAAUAAAGCUCGUCGCGCUUGAGCUAUAUUCGCGAAUUGGAGUUUAUUCAAGGAUCGAUCGAAUAACUUUUCGCUUUAUCAAGUAUGACUUAAUAAACGAGAAACGGAACUCUACAUUUAGAAUCCCGAUUUCGUCAAUGUUACACAUUGAAAUGCACCGAAUGAUUUUGUACCAUUGAUCUACACAUAUAUAUACAUGGAUGUGUCAUGUGUAUCAAUUAAGUGAAUAGUUAUCAGUACGCGUGUAUAUUAAAUUUUAAUUC